AUGGCCCCGCAAGUCUCCAAGAGUGAAGUCUUUCCAGUCCUCAAGGGCAAAGUCGCCAUCAUCACCGGCGGUGCUCAAGGAAUGGGUAAAGCUACGGUUGAAGUUUUCCUCCAGGCAGGCGCAAAGGUGGUUCUUUGCGACAUCCAGGAAGACAAGGGAACGUCUGUUGUUGAGGAACUUUCUUCCUUGGGAGAAAUUUCUUUCCUGAAGACGGACAUCUCGUCUUCCGAGCAGGUUGCUGCCCUUGUCAAAUUUGCGGUCGACAAGUAUGGCCGCCUGGACUGUGCGGUUAACAAUGCCGCCCUGAGUCCAGAUAAAACGCCUUUGAUAGACUUUGACGAAGACUACUGGACUAGGAUUGUCAACGUCAACCUGACAGGAACUGCGCUGUGCGUCAAGCAUCAGAUGAAGCAAUUCAUUGCCCAGGGUGGAGGUGGCAGCAUUGUCAACAUUGCCAGUAUCAACGCUUUCUCGCCCCAGCCCAACAUGCCAGCUUACACGUCAGCCAAGCAUGCUCUUGUGGGAUUGACGAAGCACGCGAGCAUGGAGGGCGGGCCACAUAAUAUCCGUGUCAAUGCCGUCGCUCCCGGUGCCAUCUUUAGCGACAUGUCAGAAGCCGCCUUGAAGAUUAUGGGCAUAACUCAUGACGAAUUUGCUCACCAUGUCAGUUUCCUGAACCGAUUUGGUAUCCCGCACGAGGUCGCCCAGGGGUCACUUUGGCUAUGUUCCCCGGCAUCUUCAUACGUUACGGGAAUAACCAUGCCUGUUGACGGUGGGUUCACUGCCAAAUAA